UGAUUGUUGUGUGUUCAAAUUUUAUUCUUUUUUUCUUGUGAUAGUUAUUUUUUGUUUUAUUUCACUUGUCAUUAUUACAUGUGCUUUUACUAAAUUUGAGCGCCAUAUACUUUAAUUGGGAGUUGUCCUUUUUACAUUUAAAGCUACGACUAAGAUGUCUCUCAGUAGAUCUAACAACUUUCCAGAUUAUGGAUCCACAGAUUCCCGGUAUGGUGGAACAAGACCAGUUAGACCACAACCUAAAUCAAAUUUUGAUAUCACACUAUAUCAUCAACUGUGUGACGAUAUUAGUUGCAAUAUAUUUUCUAUAAAUAAUAAUGUCACAGCUUUAGAAAAAGCAUCUAAAGAAGUUGGAACCCAGUCUGAUACUCCAUUACUAAGAGAAAAAAUACAUGCUACACAACAGAGUACAAAGGACCUUGUUAGCAGUACUACAAAGUUUUUAAAAGACUUAACCACUGUAGUUGCCAAAGGAGGAAGGGAGCAUCGACUGCAGUGUGAAAGAGUUCGAAAUGAAUUUCGAGCUACAGUGCAACGUUAUGACACAUUACAAAAGCAAUUAGGUCCAAAGAUGAAGCAAGCCAUGAUACAGAGCCAACAAACAAGCAAAAACAUAUGGACUGCAGACGAAGAGGAUGAGAAUCAGUCAUUAAUGGAAGCUGAAAAUAUCCAACAGCAGCAACAAAUUCAAGAGGAGUUAGAAUUUGAACAAGGUUUACUGUUAGAAAGAGAACAAAGGAUUAGACAAAUAGAAUCUGAUAUGCUGGAUGUCAAUCAAGUUUUUCGUGAUUUGGCAGCAAUGGUUCAUGAACAAGGAGAUUAUAUUGGAACCAUAGAAGAGAAUAUUACAUCUGCAGCUUAUAAUGUCGAAGAAGGCCAAGAGCAGCUACUUAAGGCUAGGAACUAUCAGAAAGCCUAUCGGAAGAAACUUUGCUGCUUUGUUUCGAUUUUAGUGAUUGUUGCUAUCAUUAUUCUCAUAAUUGUGUUAGUGACUUCAAAAUCAUAAUGUUUUCAGUCUUAGGUGCACAUUUUUAUCAAUUGAUCACUAUCUUGGAUACAUAUGUGUAUAUACAUAUAAAUAUAAACUGAGGAAAUAUAUGCCAAUAUAUUAUUUUCUGACAAAAUAUAGUCAUGCAACUGUGAUAAUAUUGCACAUACAUAGCUGUAAGUGUGCUGAUAUUUGUAUAUGUAAUACUUGUAUAUGUAAGCGAUAGAAUUUCUUUUACUGUAGUUAAAAAAAUAUUCAUUAAUUCUCUGAUUAUUUGUAAGGACGAAAAUUUUUUUUGAUAUUUUUUAUGUCUUUGUAAAAGUGAAUAAUGUUUAUGUUUCUUUAGAAAAAUUUGUCAUGUUUUCUGCUAUAAUUACUACAAUAUUUUACUCAUCCCUGCCAUAUAAUUGCCCUUUACUGCUGUAGUAAUGAAUAAUUAUAAUCAGGUAAUGGAAAUUUACAUAGUUAAAAAUCAUUUAAUAUGAAUUAAUCUGUUGUUUAAAGUUCUAUUUUAAAACUGAAAUCUAAAUUAAAAAAAAAAAAAAUUCUUUGCUAAACAGUAGUCAAAAGUUGUUAUGGGUAUUCUGUAACUAAAUUCAUACUGUAUGGCAUUAGCAGUAUUAUUUAUUAAUUAUAUCAAUGAUGUAAAUGCUUCUAAAUCUUAUAGUUAUAUUUUUUAUAUAAUCUUAUAGAUAUAUUAUAAUUUUUUUUCAAACUGAUAUCUGAUUCAAAACUAAAAUAUUGUUAAUUUUAGGUAAAGUUAUAAAAAAAGGGGGGAGAAAACAAUUAUAAUCUUGUUCUUUAUAUUUCCCCUGAAACUUCCUGAAGCAUUCAUCAUCAAAAAAGUAUGAAUUAGUUAAAAUAUAUAUAUAUAUAUACUGUAAAGUAUUUGCCUGUGCACAGCAAUGAUACAUAAGCUACUGAGAAUUAAAAUUUUAUGGACUGAAUUUUAAUGAAACAUAAAUCAGCAGAAAACCUUACACUAUUUUCCUUUUCUCUCCAUGUAAAACUAAUUCUUGCAGUUGCCAUUAGGAAAUGAUAGAUCUUUUAAGCAUGUUACUUUAUUCCAGCUAAUUUGAAAGUACAGUAGUAUCUGCCAAUAAGAUACAUCCACCAAACUAGACAUUUUAUCUCCCAAAUAAAUAUUUCUCUUCUUCAGAGGGUACAUACUAAAAUAAUGUAAUUUAAUUAGAACUUCAGGUUAUAUGAAGCUUUAUAUAAAUGAUAUAUAAAUAACUUAAUUACAGAUAUUUGUUUGAAGUUCAUGAAAAAUUUAAAGUCUUAAUUAAAAAAGUUAUUAUUGCAAAAAUGUAUAAAAUAAACAAUAGAAUUUUGUAAUUUUUUACAGAAAUUUAUUGAAAAUAAUCCAUUACACGGGUGUGUUUGAAAGUUUUGCACAUUGAUGAUCCUAAGUCCCUCUCUCUCACCAAUAGUUAUGAUAUAUAUUUUUUUUAAAUUGAGACGUAUAAGGCAUCAGUAUAGUUUUUUUUUAUGUUACUCUUUCCGUUUGACUCUUCUUCAUCUUUCUGCUUUCCAAUCUAUUUUUAUUAAUGCCUACCUCAUCAUUCACAGCUGAACUAAAAGAUUAUACAUCCUCAGUGGCGUCUUCAGCGCACAAAUUUUCAUUGAUUUCUAAAUAUUCUUGAAUUUGAGCACUGCCAUUGAUAAGUUGAAACAAUUCAUUUUCAUCAUACAUUCAUUGAGGGCACUUGAAACUGGAAUUUAAAAGGUCUGCUUUCUUUUCUUAAAACAGUGCUGAACAUCACUUUAUGAUACAGAUUGAACAGCCUUUGUGAUUCAUUGAGCGGCAUUCAAUACAUUUACACAUUUUGCAAGCUGAUCACUGUUUCUGCAAGCCUGUCAAAGAAUAUGCCAUAAAAACAGUUUUCUGUAAUGAACCCAGACGUUUCUAAUCAUACAUUGGUUCAAAAGCUGUAAUAUUGAUGUUGCAUUAGGUAGAAAAAACACUAAUUUCCCUGAUAAUAAUCAAGUUUCAUCUGCAUUGUAGAUAUUUAUUACCUCAUAUCCUUCUCAGAUUUCAUUUAGCUUUUUUAUCCAGUCUGUUACAUGUUCCAUUAUCUACUGAUUUUUCUUCACCACUAAUAGUCUUGGAAAAUAAUGUUAUGUCUUUGCUAAAAUUUGUCUAACCAAACAUUUGGUGAUUUAAAGUUCUGUAGUGCACUCUUUCUGAAACUUCUUUUGCCUUUUCUUGCAAUAAAACUCCACUUACAAGAAUAUUGUUUGAUAUUGCAGAACAAAACCAAGUGAAUACUACUGUAUCAGUUUCACAUGCUACAAUUUUUCUAAAUUUUACAGUCUUGGAAUGUUCAUUUGAAUUGGUAAUUUAAUAAUGUUUUUAUUAUCUUCUGUAUCCUUUAGCACACAACUUACUGGGUUUUUUUUUUUACUUAUUUCACAUUUCUACCCUAAAUCUCUCAAACUAAUGUUUUCAAUCUGCUACAUGGAUUACAUCAGCUUUUUGUUUUAAUGAUAAUUUUUUCCUCUUUUUAGCAAUGCUAGAUAACAUAUGAAAAAAUGCACAUGUACAAAAUUACAUUUCUUUUGCUUCCUGCUUCUAGUAAGAACUAAGAAUGCUCAAAAUUUUCAUUCUAUCCAAAUUGUGAGAUCCUUGUGCCUUGGCAUAUGGUCCAGUCAUCCCACCACAUUUUUUUCCAAUUGGUCCGCAUCUUGGAUUGCGUUACAACAUGCUGACAUUAUUUUCUUUUCCCUUCUGAGAACUGUAGCAAGAAUAACUGAUUUUGAGUUCUGUUGAAUGUGAAAUAUCCUUUUGAUUGUACAACUUGCAUUUCCCAAUGUAUUUCCCCCCUUUUUCCUACUGAAAAGCAGUUUUCAAAAUUUAUGGAUUAACUUUUCAUUUUAUUGUUGCCUUGUGACAAAAUUAUCUUUCACUGAGCACAAACUUGCUUUUGAAACUCAAAAGUUUAACAAAGAGUAUUUCUGUUUUCAAUAAUUUCUGUAACUCUAUCUUACUUUUUAAACGUUUUUUCAAUGUGUUCAAAAAUUAAUUCAAGAUGAUCCCUUAAAUAUAGGUGUUCUCUAUUCAGAGGUGUCCCUUACAGGAGGGUACUACUGUAAAUGAAAAAUCUUAUGUCACAUAAGGCAACAACUUUCUUUGAUGAAAUGUAAAUUUCAUCAUUCAUGUUAAAAACAGAUGCAAUUUUAUUUGUAUAGUGAAAAUACAACACUAGCUUUUCGAUAUUGAAAAUUAUUAAAGAACAUAUACAUUGCUCUGAAAUCUUUAAUUUGGUUGCAGUAUAAUUAUAUACUUGUUUAAAAAGUAUAUUACACAUCUAUUUUGUCAAGAUUGGCUCCAACGAUUUCCCACCACUGCAUAGUUGAUGAAUGCUGUGGUAUGUUAAUGUAACAUGACAUGAAAAAAGGAAAAACUAGAUCAUGGACAUUUCUAACAUUAAUAUUUUGUAAUAUAAAUUAUGAUGAUUAAUUAUUUUACUCUGUCAAUUUUCGAAUUGUUUCUGCGAGAAUAGAAACCUUGUUUAUAAUUUAAAAAAUUAUACACUUAUCGGUAUCAUCUUGAAUUAAUUUUUAAGUGUAAUUCAGCUGUACCAGUAAUGUGCCAUGGUUUUUAUCAAAUGGGAGUAGACUAGAUAUGAUGAUACUUGUUUUUAAUAUGAAGACGAAUAAUUGCAAUGAUUUUGUAUGCAGUUUGUAAAAAUGGAAAGGAAGGCUAUAAAAGGUAUUUGUGAAUGUAAUAAAUGUUCAAACAAAUAAAAAAAUAUUUGCACAUGGAUUUUUAAAAUGUGAAUUCAAAUAGAUUAGAUAACCUAAAGCUAGCAAAACAAUUUAUUUCUUAAUUUGCAAGAAAUUAAUCAUUUAGAAGUUGCAUAAUAUUCCAUUUUGAAAUUGCAAAUAUCUUAUUUCAUUUUAAUGCAGACAAACAUCUGGUGGGAAAUGUACCCUUUUAUAAUUUCUUGUUUCUGUUGCAAAUUUAAGGUCUCAAAAAAUGUGAUGGGCAACCAGCUGAGAAGGCAGCAUAUUGACAGCUGAUUAGCAAAGCAACUUCAUGCUCUAUAAUAAUUUUAUGUGAAGAACUUCUUAAAAUAAACCUUUCAAUCAUCGUUUUAACUAGGAAUGACUAAUUCAAUAUAUAUAAUUUGAGCUGAUUAACCUUUACAAAAUUACCUAAAUGAACAUGAAUCAAAAUACAGUAUAUGUUUGGGAGAAGCUUGAGAAAAUUAAAAUAGCUCAUCACUUUAUCAGUGUUAAUUAAUAUUAUACCUUUAACAUGAUAUGAGCAGGUGAAAUCUGUGCAAUCUACUCUUCAUGUAAUGUUCAUGUAGCUUGUGUGUUGUAGGCAAAAUACUGAGUAUCUUUUAUAUCGCAUUUUUUUUUUUUUUUCCUUUUAAGAUAUAAAGCAUUAUUUAUUGUAAUGUUUUUAAAUGUUAGGUAAAAAUUAGCUUGGAAAUAUUACUACUAAAACUGUCAGAAAGUCUAGCUUAGUUUCUUUAAUCCAUUGACAGCAUACCAAGAUACAUAUUAAUUUUUGUCUUAUAAUUAGCUGUUAUUAGUUUUUUCUGAUAGCACUGUAUUUUAAUUUAUAAUUAUUAGACAUAAAAAUGAAAAUUUCAACUGUUAAGAAGUGUAUUUUUUUUCUUUUAUAUAAUUGUCAGCUUGUAUGCAAUUACAGAUCUUUUAAAUUCAAAACAUAAUUAAAGAUCUUACUUUUUACCUAAUGGCAAUCUUCUAAGAACUGAUUUUGCAUAAAGCACUUGGAAGGUAAAUUAAUACUUAAUGUUUUGCGCAAAAGAACACUUGCCAGGAUGAGUGAAUGACAUGUUUCAUGGUCGCAUAAUGUCAUGGGUUAUCUAAAUAUAGCAAAGCACAUGGGAGUUAACUGCCUAAUUAAAAGGAUUCCUUCAAGAAGGGAACCUAGGGGAAAGUGGCUCAUACUUGCAUUACACAUGGGGAAAUACCAUGCAGCCAGCCCUUUUAUUUAGGAUUGAACCCACUUCAAACUCUCAGCAUUCAGCCACUGAUGGGGUACAAUGUAGUGUAAUGUAAUUGUAACAGUCCAAAAUUCUUGGAAGGAUUCUGAUAAAGUUUUCAACAUCAAACAGACAUUUGUAACUUUGUUUCUAACAUCUAAAAUGCAUAGAAGCCAUUCCUUUUAGAAGCGGGGUAUAUUAUUCUGUUUUCUAUAGCAAAUUGUUCCUUUGGAAGUGAAGUUGAAUUAUUACUUUUUUUUUUUUACAAAGUAUCAAAUAUUUAUUGAAUAUCAUGUACAUUAUAUUUUUAAUAGUCAAAAGUAUUCUGCAUUCUUAUAUAAUUCAUAAAUGUAGUCAGUUCUUUUUGUGAAAGUUGUACAGGUAACUAGUUUCUUGUAUUGUUAAAAGUUUGAUAAUAUUAAGUAUUCAUAUCAUAAAGUCUCUAUCAGUGUUUUACAUAUUUUUAAAAUUCAUUUGUAUAGUCAAGAAUCAACUGAAAUAUCUUAUUUCCUACUUUUAGAAAACUACAUUGUAAUCUGUUUUCUGUGCUGAUUAGAGAAAUAAUAUAUAUAUUGGUCACUAUAGCUCAUUCACAGUUUUUAAUUUCAUAUUAAUUUUUACAAUUGUGUAUAAUAGUUAUUUAUUAAUUUAAAAAAUUCAUGUAUAUUUUAAUCUGUUCCAAAUUAUAAUUAUUUUAUGUAAUUUGUCUUUUAGUAAUCUUAAUUGUUUUAAGCAGAAGUUAUGAAAAUGAACAUCAUAUGUAAAUAAUUACAUAAUUGUGAAAUGUAUUUUUUGUCUUUUAUUUUAACUGAGUCUAAUACAAAAUAAUUAAUAUUUUCUUUAUAUGCAUGUAGUAACCAUAUCAUUUAAAAAUGCGACUAAUUGAUAUUGAGCGAGUAAGAGAAUGAUAGAUAUUGUAUUCUGCAGAGGCAUAAUUUUUUUUCCAUUUUUCUAAGCUGCUUUGAAUAUUAAUGUCAUUUGUUCUGAUGGUAAAAAAUUGUAAGAUGGGCUCAUAAACUUACUAGCAAUUAGAAAACAUAUAACUGUUAUCAUAUAAUGAAGUAAAAUUGGAAGUUUAGGCAUAAUAAGUUAUAUAAAUGACCGAAAUUCAUUAAAUAUGCAUGUAAAAUAGUCUUAAUACUCUGUAUUUGAAUUUCAGAACUACAAGUAUUUAUUGUAUAUUGUAGUAGCUACAUAAAAUAAAUGUGGCUUGAAAUAAAAUUUUGUUCUUUUUUCUCUC